AUGCUCUCCCUCGACGACACGGGCGUGCCGCUAUCUUCCGCACUGGCCGCCUUCUCCUCGCGUCGCGAUGCGGACGGCAGCCUCGACGCUGACUCGAUGCUCGAGCAGCUCCCGUUCCGCACGCUGAUCGAGCUCCUGCCGCAGACCGACCGUCCUGCUGUGUGCUCCAUGGACCUGAGCCGAGCCGCGUGCACGCACGCGCGGCUGCGCCGCUUCGUGGCGGAUGAGGUCUGUUUCAGCGACUACGGGGUCGGCCGCAACGACCGUGUGGCGAUCCUCUUCCCAAACGGUCCCGAGCUGGCAGUGGCGUUUGUGGCAGUGCUGUCGUACUGCACGAGCGCGCCGCUCAACCCGGCCAACACUCCGCAGGAGAUCAAGGCCGAGCUCGAGAAUGUGCGCGCAAAGGCGAUCAUGGUCGCGGCCGGUGAGGACAACGACGGCAUACUCGCGGUCGCCGAGGAGCUCGAGCUCGUGGUCAUAGAGUGCACCCUCGACCCGGCCACCGCGGGCAUCUUUCAGAUGAAGGCCCACAUCGCGGAUCGCAGGAGCGACGUGGUGCAGUUGGAUCCAGAAGACAGCCGCUGGCAGCCGCAGCAGAGGGAGGACUGCGCAAUGGUGCUCCACACCAGCGGGUCAACAGGCAAUAAAAAGGUGGUGCCACACACCGUCGAGGACCUGCUGAUCGGCGCGGUCGCCAUCGCUUCCGCCUGCCAGCUCACCCCCAAAGACGUGUGCUGCAACCAAAUGCCGCUCUUCCACAUCGGCGGCAUCGCACGAAAUGUGCUCGCGCCGAUCCUCUCUGGUGGCUCCGUCGUGUGCAUGCCGUACUUCGAGCCGAAGCUCUUCUGGACGGUCGCGAGCGACUUCAGCUGCACAUGGUAUUACGCGGGCCCGACGAUGCACACCAUGAUCCUCGAGGCGUACAAGGCCUUCCCCGCGCCGCGCCCACGCAUAUCACUCCGCUUCAUCGCCAACGCGGCGGGGCCGAUUCUCCCGACCAUUGCCGAAGAGAUGCGCGACACCUACUCGGCGGCGGCGGGAGGGUUCUGCUCCAUCAUGCCGUCGUACGGGAUGACAGAGUGCAUGCCCAUCUCGUCGCCGCCCGUCGGGUACAACCUCGACCGGCCCGGCAGUUCGGGACAGAUCGUGGGCCCACGCUGCACGAUCCGCGACGCCGCGUCUGGCGACGAGGCACCGAGCGGCACCGUCGGCGAGAUAUGCGUCUCGGGCCACCCGGUGAUGCGCGCAUACGAGAACAACCCAGAGGAGACCGCCAAGAACUUCAUCGGGCCCGGCAAGGCGUGGUUCAAGACGGGCGACCUCGGAUACCUCGACGAGGACGGCUACCUCUACGUGACGGGCCGCUCCAAGGAGGUCAUCAACCGCGGCGGGGAGAUCAUCGCACCGUCCGAGAUUGAGAAUGCGCUCGUGUCCCACCCGCGGGUGAGGAGCCUCGUAGCCUUCUCGACGCCGCACGCCCUGCUGCAAGAGACGAUCGGUGUGUGCGUCGUCACCGAGCCGGGCAUGCCGCGCGUCGGCCUGCAGGGGCUGCAGGCGCACGCGGCCCUGGAGCUCCACCCUUCCAAAUGGCCGCAGCUGGUCGUCUACGCGAGCGACCUGCCAAAGACCGCGACGGGCAAGGCGAUGCGCGUGCGCCUCGACAAGCGCAUGGCGCUGCCUGAGAUUUCGGACGAGACGCCCGAGCGAGGCCGGCUCUUUGAGGCAGAGAUGGUGCCGCCCGGCGCACCCGUCCAGGCGCCCAUUCCGACGGCGCCACUUGAAGUGCGCCUGCCCGACGCAGAGGCGGCGAUGCGCUCGCUCCCUGGCGUGGACGACGCGUACGUGUGUGAGCGCGAGCUGGAGGGCGGCCGGCGGGCAAUUGUGGGCUACGUCAGCCCCGCCACGGUGGACGCGGAGCAGGUUCUCGCCGCGCUCACUGGCAGCUUGCACGAGUACCUUGUGCCAGCGAGGGUCGUGCCGACAGACGCGCUGGUGCGCGGCAGCGACGGCGCGGUCAACCAGGCGCUGCUGCCUGAGAUGCGCCCCGUCCACUCGCACGUGGCGCCGAGGACGGACCGCGAGCGCGCCGUACAAAAGCUCUGGUGCGCUGUGCUCGGCACGCGCGAGGAGGAUACGUCGAUGGACGCAGACUUCUUCUUCUCCGGCGGCUCGUCACUGCUUGCCGGCACGUUGGCCGGCGAGGUGAAGAGCCAGCUCGGUAUGCCGAUGAGCGGGACGACCCUCUUCAAGCUGCGCACCAUCGCCGAGAUCGCCGAGGCGGUCGAGACGCACCAUCGGCAAAAGGACCUCGAGAUGGCGACGCUUGCGCGGGAGCCUCGCAGCGACCUCGAGAAGGAUGGCCCGCUCGCACGACUCGCCCGUUUCGCCACCAUGAGAGCGGGGGGGACGCCCCGCGACCCCAGCGACCUCGCUGAGCGGGGCGGCCUGCACGAGGAGAGCGAGAUGCUCGCGAGCGGUGCCCCAGCCAAGCCGCCGAAGCCGCAGCGUCCCGUCAGCCAGCACUCGUUUCUUCCUCUCUUUGUCCAAUCGCUCCCGCUCCUCUUCUUCCACCCCCUCCGCCGCCUCGCAUCGUGGGCGCUCUUCCUCGCCCUCUGGCUCACGAUGAUGGAUCCGGCGCCGGUGUUCAUCUACCUCUCGCCACAGCAGCUGUUCGAGACGGAAGAGUGGGUGCGCGAGGAGUAUCGGCCCACGGACGACGAAAGCGAUGUGUGGAUCGCGCCCCCCGACGGCUCUCUCAUCAGCACGUGGGAGGGCUACGAGGACUUUCAGCGUGUGGAGUAUGUCGACGACGCAGAGGACUUCGAGGUGCCGGCCCACCGUAGUGUCCUGCCACGCUACAUUGCCUUCUUGCUCGCGCUGCUGGUCGUGCACAUUGCUCGCGAGACGGUCAUGCCGUUUGUGGGGAUCGCCGUCAAGUGGUUGGUGAUUGGGCGCUACCGCGCGGGCCGCUCGAGGCUGUGGGGCUCGUACUACCUUCGCUGGUGGUUCGUGAACCAGACCGUCCGCUUCUGCGGUCUCGGCCUCUUCGGCUUGAGCAACGGGCUGCGCGUGCGCUACCACCGUCUCCUCGGGGCCAAGAUUGGCAUCGACUGCACAAUCGCCAACGACGCCGAAGUGACAGAGCACGACCUCGUCAUAAUCGGUGACGGCGUCGCCAUCGACUCCAAGGCCACGGUCUCGCCCUUUUGCGUCGACGCCGGAGCUGCCAUGCUCAGCGCCAUCGAGAUUGGCGACAACUGUGUCGUCGGCGCAAAGACGACCAUCGCGCCCGGAGCGCGCCUUGCGGACGGCGUCUGCCUCGGCCCGCUCUCCUCGAGCCACGAGCAACAGGACUCGGACAGCAACAAUCGCCGCUACUGCCGCGCUGCGUUCCCGCCGCCGUCCACCCGCCUCUGGCUCCUCGUCGGUCUGCCCACCCUCCUCUUUGUCAAGGUGGCCGCGCUCGCGCUCCCGCUCGCGACCAUCUUUUAUAUGGUGCAGGACCGCGGCGAGGACCCAACAACAUGGGGCGCAGCCAUCGAGUGGUUCACCUCGCCGCGGCGGCUCACAUUUUACGUGCUGCUGCGCGUGCAGCGCGCCGUCGUGCUGCCCUUCGUGGAGCUCUUUGCGAUCAUUCUGGUGAAGAGGAUCGUAAUCGGCCGCUUUGUCGCCGGCCCCCGGACACGAUGGAGCCACCUCCAGUUUUGGCUUAUGCGCGAGCUGCUGCCCGACGGCCGCCUGUGCGGCGUGCCAGCCCUCAUCGGCAACCACUGGGGCGGCGUCGCGCUCCUCAUGCGGCUGCUCGGCGCGAAGUGUGGCAAGCGGAUCUUUUGGCCCGGGAGCGGCGUGGACGUUGUCGAGUACGACCUGCUCACCAUCGAGGACGAUGUCGUCUUUGGCUCACGCUCGGUCAUCGCCUGCUCGACCGCCGAGGUCAGCCGCCCCGUCGCCCUCUUGCGCGGCGCGAAUGUGGCGGACCGCUGCUACGUGCUGCCGGGGGUGACGCUCGGCGUCAACGGCUGCCUCGGGUCGGGCUCGCUCGCGCCCGAGGGCGCGCAGCUCGGCGCGGGCUGCAUCACGGUCGGGUCUGCUGGCAAUGGGACAGAAGUUUUGGUUGAGGGUGGGCCGGGGCUACGCGCCAACGCGAGGACGACAAAGGCCUUUGGCCGCACUUUCUACGGGACGCGCAACGAGGCCAACAUCGCGGCCGGCGCCAUCGAGAACACCGCGGCGUGGUGCUGUGGUUCGUUCUUUGUGCGCCGGACCGUCGUGCCGCUCUUCGCCGCAUUCAACGUGCUGUGCAUUGCGGCCGCGGCCGUCUACCGCGCGUUCAACAUCGUCGCCGCCUGGCUGCUGCUUGAGCUGGUGUGGAAGCGCGAUAGAGCGCUCGGCCUCGACCCAGCUGUCGAGCCUCUGCCGCCGGCAGAGUUUUACGGCGAGAUUGAGGAAGUGGGCCGGUGGCUUGGCUUCUCAGAGUACUGGGCCGCGCUCCUCGGCGUCUACAUCGGCGUGCACCUGCUGAUGGUGAUGCUGGCGUACCUGUUGGAGGUGCUGGCAAAGUGGCUGCUGCUCGGACGGCGGCGCGCCGGCGUCUAUCCGUGGGACAAGUCGUCCUACUGCAUGCGGUGGAACAUGUACCUCGCAUCGACAGUCUUUCGGCGCGGGCUCCUACCCUACCUGCACGGCUCCGCCUACCUCGUCUGGCACUUCAAGGCGCUCGGCUGCUCGAUCGGGAAGGACGUGUGCCUCUUCCCGACCGGCUCGGACCCGAUGAUGACUGAGCCGGACCUCGUGACCAUCGGCGAUGGAGCGUGCAUCAACGCCGGCUUCAUCAUCUGCCACACGAACACGAAGGGCAACUUUGCGCUCUCCAAAAUCACGAUUGGGCCCGGCGCGACGAUGCGCGCGUGGUCGCGCCUCAUGGCGGGCGGUGCGCUUGCGGAGGGUGCGCGGCUCCUCGAGCACACCUGCGCGCUCCCAGGCGACAACAUCGAGCCCGGCGUCAUCUGGCAGGGCUGGCCCGUCAAAUCGAUGUGCGCGACCACCGAGUUUUGGCGGGCGCGGCGCAACCAGAUCAAGCUCGGCCGCAAGCAGUACCUCCGUCGCGUCGACUCUACGCGCGUGGCGCCCGUCAUCAUCGACGGCGGCGGCAAGGGAGCCCUCGCCCUGGAGCGGCUCGACUCGCUUCAGGGCGAGAACCUGCGGCUCAAGAGCUCGAUCGAAGCGGUCACCAGCCGCCUCGGGGCCACCCCCCCGAUGAGCGAGGACAGCGCGCCCAUCUCUGAGCGGGGCACGCAGAUCCAGGCGCUCGUGGAGCAAGUCGAGUGGCUGGUGCGCGAGAUGCAGUCGCUGAGGGAGUGGCGCGACCGGGUGGCGUCGCCGCGUCUCGACCACGUGCCGCUAGUCUACGAUGGCAAGGGGUCCGAGGGCAAGGAUUCCGCCGAGAAGGGCGACGGUUCGCAACGCUGCAGCCCCGGGCGCCUUGGUUUUCGGCGGCACGCGCCGGCUCCACCCGAAUCCCAGGGCAGCGACGGCGUUGACGACGCCGUGUAG